AUGAAUACUGGAAACUUGCCAUCCCAAGUGCAAUUGGAGCAGUGUAUGACUUUGCAACCUCCUCUGUCUCGCUGUGGAAAAGGACCGGGGCUGAUUCUCAUUCGUCCGCUUUCUCACGCCAAAUGUCAACAGGACAACAAGACCCUCGACCCAGAGCCUCUAAAGAAAUGGGCCGAGGAGAGCUUUAUAGUGGCACAGAUUACAUUGGACAAGUUGGACAAUGAGGAAUCUCUGCAACAGCUUAUCAGCAACGCCGAGCAUGCAUUGAUAGAACGCCCAGAAUGCGAAAGCGAGAAGAUCGGGUUGAUGGUCCAUGGAUCCAAGGGAGACUAUGGCUCUCAAUUUGAAAAAUCUCUACAAAGUGUGCUCCCUAGAGACACAAAAGUAGUCGCUGCAAUCUUAUUCGACUCCUGGAACGUUCCCUUCCAAUCGAGUCUCUUCCAUUUACCCAAUGGCAACACAAGCGAUGGGAUUCACACCACGCACAUGUACUCAGAUGUUUCAUCUGCCAAUUUUAUGAUCCCAGGGCAUCCCGAAUUCAAGAUGUCAACCGCAGGGGUGGCUCACACCCGUAGUGUUGCAUUCAUCAAGAAGCACAUGGGCGGCCCAUUCUUUGACCUUGAGAAGAUCUGGGAUGAGCAUACUUACUACGAGUUUGGAGAUCGGUCUGUUGAGAAAACGAUGGCGACCAUGGUCCAGGAACCCUAUGUGAAUCACAUUCCUACUUUGACUGGUGGCAUUGGACGAGCUCGUCUGAGUCACUUUUAUCUCAACCACUUCAUCUUCAAUAAUCCCGAUGAUACAACGCUUGAACUCAUCAGCCGGACAGUCGGGACAGAUCGAAUCGUCGACGAGUUCAUCUUUUGCUUCACCCACGUGAAACAGAUGGACUGGAUGAUUCCUGGCAUUCCCCCUACAGGCAAUCACCUGCGCGUUCCCUUCACGUCGGUAGUAAACAUUCGGGGUGAUCGCUUAUUCCAUGAACAUAUUGCAUGGGACCAAGCAACCGUUCUAGUCCAGCUUGGCCUAUUGCCAGAGUACCUGCCAUUUCCCUAUGCCUUACCCGAUGGAACUGUUCCGGCUCCAGGAAAUCGGUUCGAGUAUCGUGUUCCAGCCGCAGGCGUUGAGUCAGCGCAGAAAUUGGAGAAUGAGCAUGAAGUGGCCUCGAACCAGAUGUUCGAGUAUGAGAUCCGUGAAGUCAAGGAUCAAUGA